GUGCUGAGAGUGCGGAGUGUGUGCUCCGUGCUCGGAACACACAUUUAUUAUUAAAAAAAUCCAAAAAAAAUCUAAAAAAAUCUUUUAAAAAACCCCAAAAAAAAUUUACAAAAAAAUCCGCGUCUCCCCCGCCGGAGACUUUUAUUUUUUUUCCUUCCUCUUUUAUAAAAUAACCCGGUGAAGCAGCCGAGACCGACCCGCCCGCCCGCGGCCCCGCAGCAGCUCCAAGAAGGAACCAAGAGACCGAGGCCUUCUCCCGCUGCCCGGACCCGAGACCGCCACCCUCGCUCCCCAGCCGGCAGCCAGCAGCCAAGCCUCCAGCGGCAGCGGAUCGACCCGGUUCUGCGGCCGUUGAGUAGUUCCCGAUUCCGGUUGAUUUUUGUCCCUCUGCGCUUGCCCCCGCUCCCCUCCCCCCGGCUCCGGCCCCCCGGCCCCGGCACUCGCUCCCCUUCUCUGACGGGAAAGGUCGCGCGGCCUGUGGCCCUGCAGGCAGCCGUGCCGAGAUGAACCCCAGCGCCCCCAGCUACCCCAUGGCCUCGCUCUACGUGGGGGACCUACACCCCGACGUGACCGAGGCGAUGCUCUAUGAGAAGUUCAGCCCGGCCGGGCCCAUCCUCUCCAUCCGGGUCUGCAGGGACAUGAUCACCCGCCGCUCCUUGGGCUACGCGUAUGUGAACUUCCAGCAGCCGGCGGACGCGGAGCGUGCUUUGGACACCAUGAAUUUUGAUGUGAUAAAGGGCAAGCCAGUACGCAUCAUGUGGUCUCAGCGUGAUCCAUCACUUCGCAAAAGUGGAGUGGGCAACAUAUUCAUUAAAAAUUUGGAUAAAUCCAUUGAUAAUAAAGCACUGUAUGAUACAUUUUCUGCUUUUGGUAACAUCCUUUCAUGUAAGGUGGUUUGUGAUGAAAAUGGUUCCAAGGGUUAUGGGUUUGUGCAUUUUGAGACACAAGAAGCAGCUGAAAGAGCUAUUGAAAAAAUGAAUGGGAUGCUUCUAAAUGAUCGCAAAGUAUUUGUUGGAAGAUUUAAGUCUCGUAAAGAACGAGAAGCAGAACUUGGAGCUAGGGCAAAAGAGUUCACCAAUGUUUACAUCAAGAAUUUUGGAGAAGACAUGGAUGAUGAGCGCCUUAAGGAUCUCUUUGGCAAGUUUGGACCUGCCUUAAGUGUGAAAGUAAUGACUGAUGAGAGUGGAAAAUCCAAAGGCUUUGGAUUUGUAAGCUUUGAAAGGCAUGAAGAUGCACAAAAAGCUGUGGAUGAGAUGAAUGGAAAAGAGCUCAACGGAAAACAAAUUUAUGUUGGUCGAGCCCAGAAAAAAGUGGAACGACAGACAGAACUUAAGCGCAAAUUUGAACAGAUGAAGCAAGAUAGGAUCACCAGAUACCAGGGUGUUAACCUUUAUGUGAAAAAUCUUGAUGAUGGUAUUGAUGAUGAACGUCUCCGAAAAGAAUUUUCUCCAUUUGGCACAAUCACCAGUGCAAAGGUUAUGAUGGAGGGUGGUCGCAGCAAAGGUUUUGGUUUUGUAUGUUUCUCCUCCCCAGAAGAAGCCACUAAAGCAGUUACGGAAAUGAACGGUAGAAUUGUGGCCACCAAGCCAUUGUAUGUAGCUUUAGCUCAGCGCAAAGAAGAGCGCCAGGCUCACCUCACUAACCAGUAUAUGCAGAGGAUGGCAAGUGUAAGAGCUGUGCCCAACCCCGUAAUCAACCCCUACCAGCCAGCACCUCCUUCAGGUUACUUCAUGGCAGCUAUCCCACAGACUCAGAACCGUGCUGCGUACUAUCCUCCUAGUCAAAUUGCUCAACUAAGACCAAGUCCUCGCUGGACUGCUCAGGGUGCCAGACCUCAUCCAUUCCAAAAUAUGCCCGGUGCUAUCCGCCCAGCCGCUCCUAGACCACCAUUUAGUACUAUGAGACCAGCUUCCUCACAGGUUCCACGAGUCAUGUCGACACAGCGUGUUGCUAACACAUCAACACAGACGAUGGGUCCACGUCCCGCAGCUGCUGCAGCUGCAGCUACUCCUGCUGUUCGCACCGUUCCACAGUACAAAUACGCGGCGGGAGUUCGCAAUCCUCAACAGCAUCUUAAUGCACAGCCACAGGUCACCAUGCAGCAGCCCGCUGUUCAUGUACAAGGUCAGGAGCCUCUGACUGCUUCCAUGUUGGCAUCUGCCCCUCCUCAAGAGCAGAAGCAAAUGUUGGGUGAACGGCUCUUUCCUCUAAUUCAAGCCAUGCACCCUACUCUUGCUGGUAAAAUCACUGGCAUGUUGUUGGAGAUUGAUAAUUCAGAACUUCUUCAUAUGCUUGAGUCUCCAGAGUCUCUCCGUUCUAAAGUUGAUGAAGCUGUAGCUGUACUCCAAGCCCACCAAGCAAAAGAGGCUGCCCAGAAAGCAGUUAACAGUGCCACUGGGGUUCCAACUGUUUAAAAUGAUCAGGGACCAUGAAAAGAAACUCGUGCUUCACCGAAGAAAAAUACCUAAACAUCGAAAAACUUAAAUACUAUGGGAAAAAAAACAUUGCAAAAUAUAAAAUAAAUAAAAAAAGGAAAGGAAACUUUGAACCUUAUGUACCGAGCAAAUGCCAGGUCUAGCAAACAUAGUGCUAGUCCUAGAUUACUUAUUGAUUUAAAAACAACAAAAAACACAAAAAAAUAGUAAAAUAUAAAAACAAAUUAAUGUUUUAUAGACCGUGGGAAAAAGAAUUUUCAGCAAAGUACAAAAAUUUAAAGCAUUCCUUUCUUUAAUUUUGUAAUUCUUUACUGUGGAAUAGCUCAGGAUGUCACUUCUGUUUUAAAUAACAGAAUUGAUAACUGAGCAAGGAAACGUAAUUUGGAUUAUAAAACUCUUGCUUUAAUAAAAAUUCCUUAA